GCCUGCGGGGGUCCGGGGGGUUCGGGGGUUUCGGCGGUGGUGUGUCAGAUCCCGGAUUGCACCACCACCCAAGGCGAGAUCGAAGUGGAAUUGAACCACUUCCUGGCCUCGUAUUGUAGCAUUUGCAAGAAGGAUCGGGGCGGGAAAUUGUGCGGGUGCGCCUUUCCGUGCUCGCUGACGUUUCGCUCGCAAAUGCUCCUCAAGAUCCACGAUCUGCUCCAAAUGGAAAAACCCGCCAAACGAAAAACCAUUCAGGUGUGCUUCAAGCAUCCCGACUUGUUGAAGCAAGCGAGAGAGGCGUGUGUGGCGCGUCGCGAAGACGGUCGCCCGCCCCAUCCGUCGCCUCAUGACGCCGAGCGAUCCGAUCCUCUGCCCCUACGCCCCCGAUUGCCCCGUGAGACCGAUGUGUUUGCGCACACCGAGGUCAGUGGGGUCAGUCCCGCGGCCACGACCCACGUAUUAUGCCAUCCUUUGCCCUAUCCAACCGCCCCGCCCCCCGUCCCGGUCGAGCGGAAAGGUCUGAUCCCCUUGCCCCCUUUGGAGGUGUUGAAUCCCACCGAGCCCACAACGCCGCCCAAAGUCAUGUGUAUUCAGUUUGACGACAACGACAUCGUCGAUGACUCGACCGGCUUUCAGGCCGAGCCCGCCGCUAUUAUGGAUCCCUCGGAGGAUAAGGCGCCCAUGAAUCAGCCCAGCCAAGGCCCAUCAGAAAUAUCGGGAAUGUUCGAACCGCCCCAUCGAAGUGAGUCGGUGCUGGAACCCGUCACGGAGGCCUUUCUCCGAAAUGUCCCCAUCAUGCAUGAAGAGGAACCCCCAGCCUUAGCCGACCCCUCGACCCAAAAUAGCGGACCGUCCCACGUUCCAGACAAGACGGAUCAGACUAAUCCUCAAUCCAGCUUGGCCGUCGAAUCUCGGACUCCGCCCGAUAUUCUGGUCGAACCGGAAAAUAAUGACCAAGAGUACGAAGAGAGUAUUAUGGACGAUGAGAGCCUCUUGGAAUCCGACGAAAACGACGGAUUAACGGAAACUGACGAUGAAGAUCUCGAUUCGACCUCAGAUGAAUACGAGAGCUCAAUGGAGGAGGAUAUUGUAGACGAUCUUUUUCAGAAUAUUGACAAAGAUAGGUUCAAGGAUCCCAACAAGCGAUUCAAGAUCUGCUACCAAGGUUACGACCAAAAAGUACUUUCUCGAGAAAUGAAAGACAUGGUUUACCGUCCACAUCUUCACGACCUCGAACUCAUUUGCAAAGACGGAGCUAUGACCUCAAGUAGUCUCCUGAUUGGCUCCAUGUCCAGGUUCAUGUACAACGUGCUUCAAGAUGCUCCGUGGUUUGAUCAUUUGAAAAUGGUCAUCAUGCCAGAUGUGAAACGAAAAGAUCUCUCAGUUUUAAUCAGUCUAUUGUUUAACCCUGAAAAAUUGGCCAAUUUGCCCCUGAGAAAAGUGAAACGAGUUGAGAGGGUGGCUAAACAGUUGCAAAUAGAUUGGAACACCCUGGCCGCAAAAGAGAAUCUGGUUCCUGCCAAGCCAUUGCACACUGAAGAUGCGGCUAAUAAUUCCAAAACGGGAGUCUUUAAGGGGCGCAAUCCAAAACCCAGAGGCCCAAGAAAACCCAAAGCUUCACAACUUGGCGAGAAAAAGCUGUCCAAGAGACAACCCAAAAAGGCCAUGAAGCCCCAAGUUGUCAUUCCUGGCAAAAAGAAGCUCGGUCGACCACGAAAGAAUCCGAUACCAGAUGAAGCCGUCAAAACCGAAUUGGGCCCUAUCCCGAACGCUCAACAAGAAUCGCAGAAUGAUCCCUCUUCUUCCAAUCCGCCACUUCCUCCAAAGAGGCCUGGACGAAAACGGAAAGUCCCAUUCGAUUCCUUGGGUUCAAAUCCAAGUGUUGAACUGCAACCCUUAAAAGAGUCAGCAACGGCCAAAAGGAGAAAAUCGUCAAAGAACAUGGUUCAAGAUCCCAAUCCCACUCAGGUCACUAGUCAAAUUCCGCCAGCCGAAAUCAUGGAGACUGUUUGCGAAGAAGAACCAGAACCCGCUCAAACACACGCCAAGGACGAAGACGACGAGUUAGUUGGUCAGACAAGUGGGCCUAAAACAAAGAGAAUGGCGAAAAAGAGCACGAUCCAAUCUCAAGAGGAAGCUUCCCCGAAUCUAUUAGAUAUCAAAUCAACAGACAAAGCCACAAAGACUCAUAAUCGUCCUGAGGAACCUGCACGUUCUUCAGCAACAUCCACGCCCACUCCCUCUCUGGGGCGUGCCUCAACGCCCAAUCGACGAAAGAACGAGGCGCCCAAAAAAAUUGAGCGUUGGGACGUGAAGGAAUUGCAAGAUUUCUUGGCCAACCCCAUCGAUGAAGAAAUUUCAAAUGUGGAACUGAUUCAGCCGUCAAAGUCAGACCGUGCCGAUAAGGCAAAUCCUAAAAGAUUGUCCAAGAAUGGGACUGCUUCGGAAGGUGAGAGAGAAAGCUCCAAAGCCGAAUCCGAAACCCGAAUGAGCUCAAGAAGAAGACCAGCCAAGCCUCGAGAAUUGAACACCACCAAACCAGAAGAAGUAGAAGUCAAACCCCGAGCUCGAUCCCAAGGCCGUAAUCGAGGCCGUACUCGAGUGCGUUCCAGCGGGCGAACUCGGAAAACCGGCUCGGAAGUGCUGAGUUCGACUUUUGAGGACACCGAUGCCAGUCAUCCGAGCAACGUGAGCGUCUCUUCGAACCCCAAAACUGGUGAGGACAAUCACGAUAAUGUUGAGGAUGAAGACACCAGACGAGACCUGAGGAAUUAUCGCGGUUUACGGGCUUAAACCACAUUGCCAUUACGAAACAUGACAGCAAUUUAGAAGACCAUGUCUGUGCCGCUAUUUUGUAAAGUAAUGAAAAAAGUGCGCGAAGAAAUAUAUGUCAAUUUCU